AACACAAUGAAGUACCUUUACGCGCGAUAACAAUGUUUUUGUUAUUGAAAACUGCGUUGCCAUAGCAGCCUCCUUUUUUAAAGCACCUUCGUUUCAAAGCACAACAGAACUUUCCUCCUGUAGCAUAGCAUAGCUAGCUGGGUUAACCUGGGCAGGCUGCACAACAGUCAACAAGUCAGUCAUCACCGAUACGUACAAUGAUAUAGGAGUCGGACACGUGGCUGUACUGAGACAGGAACGUGGAUGAUACAUUCUCACUGCUUUCAGCCGAUGCAAACUGGACUACAAAGAGUGAAGACCUGUUGAGGAGAGCGAGACAAUUGCUUUGAGCAAACCUUACUCUUUUUUUUCCUCUUUUGGAUUGGCGACCGUAACCAUGUCGGACAUCAUGAUCAACGUGUCCGACGAGCCUGCACAGAGCGGCCCUCAGACAGGAACCCAAAGGAGGAGCAACAGUUGGUUUCGUAAAAAGAUGCAGAGGGGCUUCCCGCAAGGCCGAAAUAAAUACAACCACCGCAUGGGACAGUCCAGGCACGAGCCACCUCCGCCGCGCCAAAACGGGGCGUCGGCCAAGCAUCCAUCCUUCUUCACACACGGCAAAGGUUCGGCCUGCCCGGGGAGCACAGCCGGCGGCGCGUCCCACUCUAGCGCCCAGCCUUCGACGUCCGCACACAGCCUGCCUUCCUCGUCUGUCUCUGUGAACAGCACGGGCAGCCACGAAAAGCCAAAGGAGCCCGGGAACUCGAACCCAACGGCCUCCGCCCCUCGCCCCUCAGGGUCAAGCGUCCAUAAACCCGGCGCCGCCGGCGCCGCUCAGACUUCAACGGGGAUCCCCACGAAGUUCCUGGCCAUCGACUGCGAGAUGGUGGGCACGGGGCCGAAGGGGAGCAUCAGCCAGCUCGCACGCUGCAGUCUGGUGUCGUACGACGGCGACGUGGUGUACGAUAAGUUCAUCAACCCCUCCAUGCCCGUCACCGACUACCGCACUCGGUGGAGCGGCAUCCGGCGGAGUGACCUCGUCAACGCCACGCCGUACGCCGAGGCCAGGAAGGAGAUACUGAGGCUGCUCAUGGGGAAGGUGGUGAUUGGCCACGCCGUCCACAAUGACUUCAAGGUCCUGGGUUACUCUCACCCCGGGGCCUUGACCAGAGACACGUCUCGCAUCCCUCUGCUCAACGAGAAGGCCGGCUUCGGCGUGCAAGAGUGCGCCUCGCUGAAGAGACUCACCAAGGCCAUCUUCAACCGAGACAUCCAGACCGGGAGGAAGGGCCACUCGUCCGUGGAGGACGCCAGAGCCACCAUGGAGCUGUACAAAGUGGUGGAGGAGGAGUGGGAGAGGAAGCUGGCCUCCAGACCAAACCAGGCCAGCCAGUGCCAGGUGUGACGAGAGAGAGAGAGAGAGCGCCGAAAUAAAACCAGAGUGUGAAUCACCGUUUCUGUGUGGGAGGAUGUGGUUUUGGCCCCGGGUCCCAAAUGGGCCAACUCCCACUGGCCUGUUGACAUGUGAAUGAAGAUACCCGAACAAAACUGGACCCGCUUAUUCAGUGCACUGGAGAAGCUUUUACCAGCUGGAUUUAAAAAAAACAAAAAACAACUAAUAUUAUCACGGGAGGAGAACAGAAUAAGUGCUGGGCCAGCCACCCGGUUUCAGCAGGUCUUUCUCAGGGUUUGCAUUGUGUUUUAAAGGUGCUCCUGCCACUAGGGGGCAGUCAUGUAUUCAUUCCAGCAACAGAAAGUACAUCAUCCAAACACUGUCAGUGAUCCCCCUGCACACACA